ACAGCCAACAUGUCGAUGAGCCAGAUCCCGGGCCACAAUAUCUACAUUGGCGGCAUCUUCACGCUCCGGAACAAGGCCGCGCUGAGUAGAGCCAACAUCACACAUAUCGUCUCGGUGGUCAAACUACGACCGGAUGAGUCGGUCUUUGAGGACUUCCAGCAGCAUCGCAUUGACGUCGAUGAUGUAGACGAUGAGAAUCUCUUGGAGCAUUUCCCUGCGGCGAUUCAAUUUAUCCAGUCGGGGUUGGAUGCCGGGGGGAGUGUACUCGUCCACUGUGCCAUGGGCAAGUCGCGGUCCGCUACAAUCGCCAUCGCCUAUCUGCUCAAUCGCCAACCCAAUAUCCUAUCACCAGAAUCGGCCCUCGACCUGAUCCGGCAGAGUCGGCCGCUCUGUGAGCCCAACGACGGCUUCAUGCGCCAGCUGUCUCUCUACCACCAGAUGGGCUGUCCGGAUGACGUCGUCAACCACCCCACCUACAUCCGCUGGUUGUCCAACCGCGAGGUGGAAGAAAGCGUCGCAUGUGGUCGUGCACCUGAAAUGAAGUCCGUUCUCUUCGAAGACGAACGGACGAGCGAACAACAAGCAUCAGCGGAUCGCGCAACGGAAAUUAAAUGCCGCAAGUGCCGGCGAACACUAGCCACGGGCUCCUUCAUCGCGCCCCACGGUCCACAGGGACGCGCCGAUGUCAAGACGGAUUGCGCCCAUAUCUUCCUCCAUCCGUUGACGUGGAUGCGCCCAUGUCUGUUCCCCAACGAGGUCGAGGAUGAGAACGCCUCGGGGCCGCCGUCGGCUGAUGCCCCCUUAUCGGGCCGCCUGACCUGUCCGAACACCACCUGUGGCCAGAACAUCGGCAAGUUCGCGUGGCAGGGGAUGCAGUGCAGUUGCGGGGACUGGGUGGUUCCCGCCAUCGCGGUGGUCAAGGCCCGGGUCGAUGUGUCCCAGCGCGUCACCACCGCCAGAGGGCCCGCGGCGCUGGGAAUCCGCAUGCCUCCUGUGAUGCGACCCAGUGGGCCAAUGGAAUCGGGGUCGGGGCGAGGCAACUUGUGAGGUGGUUCAUAGUCGUCCAUUUCUCUGCAUACAGGCAUAAGGCACUUCUAGGGAUGUACAUACAAUCGAG